AUGUUAUCACUGAAUCUUCGGGACGGUUUUCCUAAAGAUAGAGUUUCAUCUUCUCGACAUCCAGACUUGCAGGGACAUCAUCUGGAUUUACGGCUUGUCCGGAAUCAAUGGCUCCUGUUAGAUCCCAAGGUAGAGUUUCUUAUGUCAGAGGUUAAUGAAGAGAAAACUUCUGGAGACUUUAGGGAAAUGGGACAAAGAUUGGCACAGGAAGUUGUAUCUUUUGUGAAAAAGAAGAUGGACAAAUUCUCAAGAUCUGGAGUCCUCAGAACUAUUAAGCUUAGCUUUGUUGGACAUUCGAUUGGAAACAUUAUUUUGAGAACUGCGUUAACAGAUAGCAUUAUGGAACCAUAUCUGAGAUACCUGCAUACUUAUCUCUCUAUUUCUGGACCACAUCUAGGUUACCUAUACAGUUCAAACUCUUUAUUUAAUGGUGGUUUAUGGCUCUUGAAAAAGCUCAAGGGCACACAGUGCAUUCAUCAGCUGACUUUUACAGAUGAUCCUGAUCUUCAAAAUACUUUCUUGUACAAACUUAGCAAGGAAAAGACGUUGGAGAAUUUCAGGAAUAUCAUUCUGUUAUCUUCACCCCAGGAUGGUUAUGUUCCAUAUCAUUCUGCUAGAGUUGAAAUGUGCCCAGCAUCUUCAGGCGACUCCUCAAAAAAAGGCAAAGCUUUUCUGGAGAUGCUUAACAAUUGCUUGGACCAAAUACGUGCACCAUCUUUUGAGAACCGGGUAUUCAUGCGAUGUGAUGUUAAUUUUGACAUCUCGUUGCAGGGGAGAAACCUCAAUACCAUAAUUGGACGGGCCGCUCAUAUAGAGUUCCUCGAAACAGACGUCUUUGCAAGGUUUAUAAUGUGGUCCUUCCCAGAUUUGUUCCGUUGAUUGCAGGGGCUAUUAACAUUUGCCAUGCAUCUGCAUAGUGUAUUCUUGAGCCUCAAUCGAGCACCAUCGAACCUCCAACUUUUUAACACGAGGAACGAUGUUAUCACUGAAUCUUCGGGAUGGUUUUCCUCAAGAUAGAGUUUCAUCUUCUCGACAUCCAGACUUGCAGGUACAAUGAAAUAUCCCGCAAUGUAAAUUAUUUGCUAUAUUUGCUUCACUUCGAGAUCUUCCAACUUUAGCAGGCAGUUUAAAACUUAAGAGGUGCAGGGUAAAUUAGUGGUUUUUUGUUUUUUUUCCCCACAUAGAAAUGUAUAUGGUAUAUUCGAUGGUGAUAAAUGUAAUGCACCACGACAUAGUAUUGCAUUACGAAAUCGAGCAUGUGUUAAUUUUAUUUACAUCAGAAGUCAGUUUGCACUGUAUCAGUAUCAAACUUAAUAAAAGAUUAUGAUUAGACUGGUUUUAUGCUG